AAGACCCAAGUGAGAGUUAUAUAGAUAGAAAUUUUAAAAAAAAAAACUCGAGUAUAGAAGACCUUUUGACUUUCACAUUUUGGCUCAAAGUGAUCCUAGCUUUAAGGAAUGCUGUCUGGCAUUAAAAGUUGAGAACAGGUAAAAUAAAAAAAGAAGAACUGCUUUUGGAAAAGUUAGGAAAGAAGUGCAGCUUUCAAAAUGGAAAAGAUGCUUCUCAAAAGGCAGGCAUACCUGGCUAGUCAUGCAGGCCAUGGGUCACCCAUCCAAGGAAACACCACUGCAGCUGCUACAGAAAAAAUCCAUUUUGGGGGAGUUCUUGGACCUUACCAGGACCAUCAAAGCAACACCUCUGGUGACAUGGAUGUUGACACUUGCUUAAAAAUUAACAAUUAUGAAGAUACAGUGCGUCAACUUGACAUGUACUACGGCCUUGUCAAAAGACAGCUGUUGCAUCACCAGAGCCCGACCACCGGACUGUUUCCUGCCCAAACCAUAGAAAAAGAAGUUGGUAGUGUGCGAGAUUCUAUUUACUGCGCUUCAGCUAUUUGGAGCUUAUACCAAGCCUACAGGCGCAUCGACGACGAUCGUGGUAAAUCAUACGAGCUCGGACAGUCAGCCGUCAAAUGUUUUCGUGGAAUAUUACGUUGCUGGUUACAAGUCGCUUACAAAGUAGAGGCGUUUAAAAAGAACCAAGUGGCACAGAAUGCCUUGUACACCCGGUAUCAUCUACACACCGGUCAGGUUCUGACGAAAGAUCAAGAUUCAUGCAUGGAUAACCACUUGCAGCUGGACGUUGUUUCUCUCUAUUUGCUCUUCCUUGUGCAAAUGAUUCAGUCAGGUCUUCAAGUGAUUUACACGAUGGAUGAAGUUGUUUUUGUACAAAACCUUGUAUAUUAUGUUGAACGAGCGUAUCGCACCCCGGAUUUUGGGCUGUGGCAAAGGGGUUCCAAAUAUAAUGACGGUACUCCUGAAAUCCAUGCCAGUUCAAUUGGAAUGGCCAAAGCUGCCCUAGAAGCCAUAAAUGGCUGUAAUCUUUUCGGAGAAAAGGGAUCGUCAGUUUCCGUUAUUUACGUUGAUAUUGAUGCCCAUAACCGCAAUCGAUCUAUUUUUGAGACUCUUCUUCCGAGAGAAUCAAGUUCCAAGAACACAGAUGCAUCGCUCCUACCAACCAUCUCUUGGCCAUGUUUCGCUACACACGAUGAUGUCCUUUACAACCGAACCAAAUCGAAGAUUACUCGACGACUUAGAGGCAAUUACGGGUUCAAACGCUUUCUUCGAGAUGGUUAUGGAACAGGCCUGGAAGAUCCAGAUCGCCGCUUCUACAAUGAAGGCGAAACCCGAGAAUUUGAGAAUGUAGAAGCAGAAUGGCCAAUCUUCUAUCUUUACAUGAUGUUGGAUGGUUUUUUCAAAGGCAUGCCGGAACAAGUCGAAGAAUAUAAAAGAUUACUCAAGACAAGAGUGAGGCAUGAUCAUAGAGGUGAUCCCGUCAUCCCGAAAUAUUUUUACGUUCCCCGGGAAUCCGUGGAUUACGAAAAACUAGAACCAGGAACUCAGAUUCGACAGGCCUCGGAAGAGGGAGCGUCAGACAAUCUCUUUCUGUGGGGCCAAUCCCUUUAUAUUAUUGCUUCCUUACUGGCCGAAGGAUUGGUCCAUGUCAAUGAGCUAGACCUCAUCCGCCGAUAUCUGCCAUCGUAUAACCGCCCUAGAAAAAUGGGUGGCAGAUAUUCAGCAUUUCAGAGUAAACACGGUACGGCCAGCGACUUAGUGGUGCAAAUAGUCUUGAUAGCAGAAUCAAUGCGGCUUCAAGCAAUGAUGGGUACUUACGGCAUUCAAACACAAACGCCACAUGAAGUUGAGCCAGUUCAAAUAUGGCCACCUAAAGAGCUGGUCAAAGUCUAUGAACAUCUUGGCUUGUCGAAGCGACUAGGGCUGGAGGGUCGACCGACGCGUCCAGUUGGAGCUUUGGGAACUAGCAAAAUCUAUCGAAUCUCCGGACAAACAGUGCUUUGUUACCCCAUCAUCUUCGAAGUCUCGGAUUUUUAUCUAUCUCACGAUAUGUCUCUGCUGAUUGACGAUAUUAAAACGGAACUACACUUUGUUGGGCGUUACUGGCGGCUUUCAGGGCGCCCAACUGUUUGUAUUCUAAUCCGAGAAGAACACAUGAGAGAUCCACAAUUUAAGGAAAUGCUAGAGCUCCUAGCUAUGUUGAAAAAAGGUCACUGCGACGGGCUCAAGGUCCGCACAGGAAGACUUCAGAAUUUGAUUUCAUCCUCAUGCAUAGAGCAUUUGGAUUUCAUGAAUCACGUCGACUUAAAAGAGCUUAACAUACAGCCCUUUGGCCAGGUUCAUCAUGACUACAUUGGUUACCAAAGUCUUACGGAUGUUCCAAAAGCAAUUGCCUAUUCGGAGGCAGACUAUGAUUUUACGCAAUUUAGUACGGGAAAAUCGACCGCAGAUCUUAUCGAAGCACUACGUUGUGUCGAAGGUCAUUAUGUUCAAGCUUACAUUUUAGGGAUUAUCCAGCAAAGAGAGCACCCAGAGUUCCUUAUUGAUAAUUUAACAGUCCGUGAACGCCUCAUUCACGUGAAACGCCUAGCAGGCUCACUACGUCACUGGUCGGCUGUGCGUCUGUGUUCUGCGCUACUCUACCAACUUGUUGAUUCUAUUUCGCCGCUCAUUACGACAGUACUUGUCAACGGAAAGCAACUCACCGUUGGGGUUGUUGGUGGUGUCGAAGUUGUCCUGGAUAAACCCAUGACGCCUAGCGAAAUUCACGAAGCUAUUUAUCGGCAUUGCCCUGUCGAUGAUCCUGUCCAAUCUGUUUUACAACAAGAAGUUUUACUUUACUGCGGACGGUUGAUUGCCACCCAUCCCAACUUGUUUUCGGGGAUCCUCAAAAUUCGUGUUGGCUGGAUAUUAAAUGCUAUUCGCUUGUAUCUGGCUGUUCCGAACGAAAACACGGACGAGGACUGCGGCCCGGAGUCAUUAGAAAGUCGGAGUCCUAGUGAGAUUCGUCGCUUGCUUCUUCGAGUAUUACAUCUUAAAAACUGGGCGACAGAUGAUAAAUUUUCGGGUUUACAACUCACGCCCUACAAGCGUCGUCAGAUAGAAGGUUGCCUUGCCCGAGUGCCAGAAGGAUUCUAUCAGAAAGUGUGGAAUGUUUUAAAGAAAACCCCGGGUGGAAUUCUCGUACAAGGACAUUUGAUAGCACAGGAACCCACGUUAUCACACAUGACGAUGUCUGAGCUUAAUUUCUCUCUACUGGUUGAAGACAUGUUAUUCAAAAUUACUCGUCCCGAAUAUCGUCAGUUAGUCGUUGAAUUACUUUGUAUCGUCAAUACCAUUCUCUUGCGCAAUCCUGAGCUACGCUUUAAAAUGCAACUUGAUUUAGACUUUGUCAUCGCCGAAGCUCUAGCCAUGUUCAUGAAGGACUUCGAAACCGAGAAAACAGUCAAACUUCCUAACAACGAUGGUACUCAGAAAAAAGACAGUAUUGAUCCUGGACUUACCCAGUUUUACAAUGCGACUGCGGCUACGACGAACGGUUACCUGGCCCGUGCUGUGGUGAACACAAUUCUUCGCGGGGAUUUGGAAACUGAAAGUGUGGAUGAUUGUGACGAAUCUUGUCGCGUUUCAUAAGAACUUUGGUUGAACUAAAAAUUUCUGCUACUGUUUUCCUUUGCACACUUUUGUGUUGUUGUUGUGAUGUGCUUAAGUUUUUCUCGUACCUGUAGCAGAUGCAUAUAGGAAUGUUUGCUGUGAAAGUAUCUUUGGUUGCUGUCACUAUAAAUGGUAGAAACAAUUA